AGCUUUUGUGGCCUUCUACACUUCAUUUGGAGCCUGCAUGUUCCAGAUGCAAAUUCCCUCCCUCAGUGUUCCAUUACUUUUGGCCAGCCCCGCAGCAGUCGUGGUAUUUGUUCUGGAAUGUAAUUACCAUUUUUUGACAAGUGUAACUAAUACUCCAACAGCAUGUGAAAACAUAGGCAGCCUCAUUGAAAUUUCAGGGAACUGGUAUCAUAUAAUAUUUGGCAUUGGAUAGUGGGUUUCUUUGAUGAUCUUAACCCACCAUAUUUGGAGACCUCAGGUGGAUAGAACAGCCAACAUGGAAAGGUAACUGGAAUCCAGUCUUGAAAACAAGAUUUUAAACAAGUAAAUAUUAUCUAAUUUAAAAUGCUAAUUAUUUUUAUGACUGUAUAGUAUAAUUUUUAAUAAUUUGUUAUGUAAGCAUUUUUUGUUUUUCAAAAAUUACGUACUUAAUACUUAAUUUAUUUAUUGACAAAAUUUUGAUAUAGCUGGAUAUAGAGAAGAUCAAAUCUGCUUUGAGCAUUGUUGAAUCCUAGAAUAGAUAAUACAAGAUAUAAUUUUUAAAAUUUCAGGAUAUUUAUAAAUCCUGUUUACUGUGGGGUCCUAACAGUUGAGUCAAUUCUGUUGAAUCGAAGAAGGCAUCCAUGCAAAGUGGACCAGAUUCUAAAGAUUAAUGAUGAUGGAGAAGUUGAAGCCAAGAACUACAAGGUGAACAUUGUUAUAGCUCCAAGCUGAUUUUUUUUUUUAACAAAUGUACUAUUCAAAUUACAGAUUGUGUCUGCUGAAAAAACAACACUAAUCCCCAUUUGUUACAAAGCUCAUUUUAGCCUCUCAUUGGCUUGCGUUUCACACUUCUUGGCACUUAAAUAAAAUGUAUUUUGUUUUAUCUUCCCAAAGUUAUUGAUGUCUAUGAGGGAGACUUUUUAAAUAAAAGUAUGAAGGCUAGCUUGCAACUUUUGUAUUCUAAACUAAAGUUCUUUAUUUUAAAAUCUAUUUGCUCAAAACAUUGUGCAAAGGGAGCAUGGCAAAGAUGUUCCAUUUUUAUACCAGUCUAAGCUGGUUUUGGAGGUUGAGAUUUUAACACUCAAAUAGUUGUCUUAUUGAAAUUAAGAGUUUAUUGAAGCAGGGACAUAAAAAAAAUAUAUAUGGAAAUAAUUAUUCACAUAAGAAAAAGUCAGAUGUUGCCUCCCUACAAUGCAGGAUGUCUAGCACUGGGCCAAGAUAGCAAGCACGGUUAUAUAGAUGUAGAAAUGCUAAAAAUAAUAAGUAAGACGUAUAUAACCUGUUCUAAUAUAAUGUUCUAAAGUUUGCAUGACUUUAAUCCUGAAAUCCCAACGAUGCUUUUUACAGCUACGCAGAAUCAAGAAGAGAAGGAGAACUGAUAGUGGAGAAGAUGUAGAUUUUGAGGAAGGCACUGGCAGUGAUGAAGAGCUUGUCAGUGAUGAAACCAUAGAAUCUGGGACUACUGAAACCCCCAGAGAUGAAGAGCCAACGGUCCCCAUGCUGUUUGCCUGUGCCACGAUGUGGCAUGAGACAAAGACAGAGAUGGUCCAACUGCCGAAGUCAUUGCACAGGUUUGUUUAGUGCUAUGUACCUACUUGAGUGUUAAACAAUUUAUUUUUGUUUUAAUUAUGGCUCAUGGGUACAGAACAUUGACUCAAAUAAGAACCAAGAUUCAAGGAAAUACAAAAGUACAUUAAAUCAAAUAAGAAUCAAAGAUUUAAGAAAAUACAAUUUAAUAUUAGAAUGCUGAGGUUGAGUUCCUAAUAAGUUAUUAAAGACAAGUUGAGAUUCUUUUAUCGAUCCACACAAAUAGAAUUGUGUUUUCCUUGCAUUGCACCUUGUCCUUUUCAGUAAUGGGAUAAAGAGGAUGAUUAAAAUAAUUUUUAAACUAGAGUAAUUUAAAUGUUAAACAUUUAAAGUUAUGGGGGGUAUGCACUGUAUUCAGAGGGAUAAAGUAAGGUACAUUAAUCUUUAAUUAUUUUUUUUCAGAAUAAGCAUUCUAGGAAAAAAACUAUCAGGAAGAUAUUAAAUUAACCUUGUGAUGAUAAUAUUAAUUUGUUUAAAUCUCAGACUGGACAAGAGAUCAGUAUAUCAGACUGGACAAGAGAUCAGUAUAUCAGAAGGAUGGCCAACCAAAGAAUCAAAGGUGGAUACGAUCCCGACUUCUACAAUUUUGAAGGUAAUAGGCUUGUGCUUAACUAAAAUAAAUGUUUGUCUCUGUUUAUCAAGAACCAGUCCAGCCUUAAAUAUGGAGGAUUAAAUAUUAGGAAUUUCACUGAAAAAUGUAUUACAUCAAAAAUAACCUUUAUUGUUAUUAAUGUUAUUUCUGGUUCUGGUAGGGUAUGUUGCUGAAUCAUUGCACUGGCAUAUGUGCAACUGUUGGGGAUGUGAUGCUGGUAUUUUAAGGGCUGCUAGCUGAUGUUAGGGCAGUUUUGAAGCUUUCGAUUGAAAUCGAGUUUACGGCGGUAUUGUCCAGGUGGUUCCAAGAGAUGAUUUUGCGUGGGGAAAUUGUUUAUAUUGGACUGUGUUACACAGGCACAGUGAAGUAUUUAUUAUUGUUCCAGAUGUAAUUGCUUAUGGGGUUGUAAGAGGUGAAGUCAGUGUUUAGUGAGCAUUUGGCUCUGAUUAUAAGGGACCUGGUUUCCGUGGGGUGAGAGAUGUGUUUGUUGGGAUGGACGGCAAUAAAUACCUCAGACUUUGGGCAUUUGAAAUUUAAUUGCAGCUCCUUUGUAUGCCAUUUGGACAUAUACAAGUUAAUUAUAGUGCCUUCAUGUGCCAUUUGGGCAUAUAACAGUUAAUUAUUGUUCUGUUGUGUGCCAUUUGGGUACAUGAGUGUUAAUUAUAGCUAUGUUGUGUGCCAUUUGGGUACAUGAGUGUUAAUUAUAGCUAUGUUGUGUGCCAUUUGGGUACAUGAGUGUUAAUUAUAGCUAUGUUGUGUGCCAUUUGGGUACAUGAGUGUUAAUUAUAGCUAUGUUGUGUGCCAUUUGGGUACAUGAGUGUUAAUUAUAGCUAUGUUGUGUGCCAUUUGGGUACAUGAGUGUUAAUUAUAGCUAUGUUGUGUGCCAUUUGGGUACAUGAGUGUUAAUUAUAGCUAUGUUGUGUGCCAUUUGGGUACAUGAGUGUUAAUUAUAGCUAUGUUGUGUGCCAUUUGGGUACAUGAGUGUUAAUUAUAGCUAUGUUGUGUGCCAUUUGGGUACAUGAGUGUUAAUUAUAGCUAUGUUGUGUGCCAUUUGGGUACAUGAGUGUUAAUUAUAGCUAUGUUGUGUGCCAUUUGGGUACAUGAGUGUUAAUUAUAGCUAUGUUGUGUGCCAUUUGGGUACAUGAGUGUUAAUUAUAGCUAUGUUGUGUGCCAUUUGGGUACAUGAGUGUUAAUUAUAGCUAUGUUGUGUGCCAUUUGGGUACAUGAGUGUUAAUUAUAGCUAUGUUGUGUGCCAUUUGGGUACAUGAGUGUUAAUUAUAGCUAUGUUGUGUGCCAUUUGGGUACAUGAGUGUUAAUUAUAGCUAUGUUGUGUGCCAUUUGGGUACAUGAGUGUUAAUUAUAGCUAUGUUGUGUGCCACAUAAAAAAAGGAGAUGAGUUUUUUUUUUAGACGUAAUACAGCUGCCAAAUGAAAUAAAAAGCUAGUUAGAUGUGCUGCUCUCCUAACUCAAUCAACAACACAAACAAGUCAUAUUAUUACAUUAUGUAUGUAGGGUUGGCUCCCUGCAUAAAACGGCAUUUAUUUACAAGAAAUUAAAUAAAUUUAAUUCCCUUUUAAGCAUUUGCUGACUUCAUCAUUUUAAAAAAAAAAAAACAGAAAAAAUCUGUUAGAUGUCAUUAACUCAAUUUACAAGUCUAAACAAUCUUCCAAAAUCUGUUAGGUGUCAUUAACUCAAUUUACAAGUCUAAACAAUCUUCCAAAAUCUGUUAGGUGUCAUUAACUCAAUUUACAAGUCUAAACAAUCUUCCAAAAUCUGUUAGGUGUCCUUAACUCAAUUUACAAGUCUAAACAAUCUUCCAAAAUCUGUUAGGUGUCAUUAACUCAACUUACAAGUCUAAACAAUCUUCCAAAAUCUGUUAGGUGUCAUUAACUCAAUUUACAAGUCUAAACAAUCUUCCAAAAUCUGUUAGGUGUCCUUAACUCAACUUACAAGUCUAAACAAUCUUCCAAAAUCUGUUAGGUGUCAUUAACUCAAUUUACAAGUCUAAACAAUCUUCCAAAAUCUGUUAGGUGUCCUUAACUCAAUUUACAAGUCUAAACAAUCUUCCAAAAUCUGUUAGGUGUCAUUAACUCAACUUACAAGUCUAAACAAUCUUCCAAAAUCUGUUAGGUGUCAUUAACUCAAUUUACAAGUCUAAACAAUCUUCCAAAAUCUGUUAGGUGUCCUUAACUCAACUUACAAGUCUAAACAAUCUUCCAAAAUCUGUUAGGUGUCAUUAACUCAAUUUACAAGUCUAAACAAUCUUCCAAAAUCUGUUAGGUGUCCUUAACUCAAUUUACAAGUCUAAACAAUCUUCCAAAAUCUGUUAGGUGUCAUUAACUCAACUUACAAGUGUAAACAAUCUUCCAAAAUAUGUUAGGUGUCAUUAACUCAAUUUACAAGUCUAAACAAUCUUCCAAAAUCUGUUAUGUGUCCUUAACUCAAUUUACAAGUCUAAACAAUCUUCCAAAAACAUUCUAUAAAUGUUCUGCCUAUUAUUUCAGCUCACAUUUUCUUUGAUGACGCCAUGGAGUUGGAUGACAAUAAUGAACGUGUGCCCAACCGUUGGGUCAAGGAUCUGGUCAGCUGUAUGGAUGUGGCCUGCAGGUCAGAGAGCUUGUAGUGAAUCUUUUAAAAGAGGCCCACCCUGUGGGCGUGAUGUGUUUACAUUCUAUAAAAUCACCAAUAUUAUUUAAAAGUCAAGACGCUCACAUCAAUGGACUCCCCACCCCCCAUGACCUUUUUUGUUUUUGGAAAAGAAAAAUCCGUUUUACAUAGUCUUGAAAAAAAACAACCCGUCAUUGAAUCGACUGAACCUAUUUUAAUUUUUUUUUUCCCAUUGAAACUCUCCCAAACUUCUUAACAUUUUUAUAUUUUUAUUUCAGUCCAUGGUAAGCCAAUGAAAGUUCAUCCACCCACCAGUCCCCACACCUUAUGGUGGACAGCUUAUCUGGCAGAUGCCAGGAGAAAAUCUGCUCUUUGUUCACAUGAAGGACAUGUCCAAAAUCAGAAACAGAAAAAGAUGGUCUCAGGUAAAUGAUAAACUAAUGAAAUUUGUUGAUUUAUGAUUGGAAUGUAAUUAAAUUUAAUUUGAUUUCUGCAACUGGCUGACAUAAGAUAUGAGAUUGAGCUUACGUACUGCUAUCCCAAUGAAGCAGACAUAAUUGUUUUCUUUGUUCAUCAGCACCAUCAUAUACAUGAUAUUUUUACCUAAAAGUAUUUUUUGAAAAAUGACAUUGGUUUCAAUUUUGGAGAAAUUGAUUAUGAACCAACCUUUGAAGAGCUGAUAAUGACGUUAAAAUUUUGCUUUGUUCCUAGCAUUUUAACAUAGUAUUUAUUUGAGUAUCUCUUAUCUAGAAAUUCUAUAUUAAUUGUUAAAUUAAUAAUUUUGUUGGGAAAUAUGUUUCCAACAAAUUUAUUUUUUAAAAGCUUUUGAGGUAACUAAUAGUAUUUUUUUUUAAAAAUUAGUCAGUAAUUCUAUCUUUAAAUUUGGAUUUUAAAUAACAUUUCUGUCUUCAAUAUGUUACAUUUAAUUAUGUUGCUGUUUUUUCUAGGUGAUGUAUAUGUAUUACCUACUGGGAUAUCGUCAUAUCAUGGCCUGUAAAAAUGAAGUGCUUGAAAAAAUGAAAACCAUUGAUGCUCUGAGAGGAGGUUUUGGUCUAAACAUCCAAGAAAUAAACUACCUUUUGGGAGAGAGUGCCUCUGCUAAGGUGGACAAUCUGUUUUUAAGCAUUCAAAUUUAACUAAUGCCUAUUGCAUAGAAUAACUUGAAAAGGGGAGGGGGGGGAGUUGGGGCUAUUAAGGGAAAAAAGUUGUAGUCAUCAUCUUUUAUACAAGAAAUGCCCUGCCUACUAUUAUACUUGUGCCUAAUCAAAAUUCAUCAUUUAUUCAUUUAUUAAAAUUUAAAGCUAAUGAGUUAUUAAUGAGUUAUUAAUGCCAUAUUGAAAGUGUAAACCUCCAUCUAAUAUAAGAAAAUGUAAACAGAAACAAAAAAAUAUGUGGUCCUCAGUUUCAGGUCUCUUGUCCAUAAUAUAUUGAAACACUCUACCACUCUUUUCUUCGGCAGUCUCAAAACACUUUCCUGCUGGCAUUGGAUGGUGACACAGAUUUCUCACCAGGUUCUGUAAAAAUCCUGCUUGAUAGAAUGAGAGAUGAAAAUGUCGGUGCAGCCUGUGGCAGAAUCCAUCCAAUUGGAAAUGGUGAGUAUUGGCAAAAACAUUAAUUUUAAUACAUUCAUUUAUUUUUAUUCAUCAUUGCUCUCAUAAGCCUAAAGCCAUAUAAUCUUCGUUGAUAAAAGACAACGCUGCAUCUUUCUGUUUAGCUUCUUCUAACCAGCAUUGGACAUAUUUAUUUUCCCUCAUUCUGUUUGCAUUUAUCUCUUCUAAGGUCCUAUGAUAUGGUAUCAGAAGUUUGAGUAUGCCAUUGGUCACUGGCUCCAGAAAGCUGCUGAACAUGUGUUUGGGUGUGUUCUGUGUAGUCCUGGUUGUUUCAGGUAUGGGACUGUAACUUAGUGUUUUUGUUAAUGUGCUAAACAUAAUUUAAUUUCUUGCUGAAACUAUUUUUAAAAUAUAUUAUUUAUGAUGAUGCGUCUCUCUAGAAGAAAAAAAAAUAGUGUGUAAAGGGAAGGAAGUGAAGCACCAAAAAAAGAUAAACAUUUUUAAAAGCAUGGUCCUCAUAUUUACAAGUACUCGUUGAAAGAGAAAAAAAAAGGCAGAUGCUCAGGAACCGCUCUCCCAUCAUGUAGAUGAGAGGCUAAUGGAAAUCAACAUCCCUCUGAAGUGAUUUUAAGCAAACAACUUUACUACCUGAUAUUGUAAAAACAAACUUCAUUAUUUAUAUAAAGGGAUACAAAUUUUAUAGGAUUACGGGCUCACCAUUCAACUACACAAGAAAGACAAUGUUGUUUCACAACACUAAUUUGUUUUUUUUCAUACGUCUUCCAGUUUGUUUCGUGCUGCAGCCCUUAUGGACACAAAUGUUAUGAAAAAAUACACACCUGAACCAACUGAGCCAAGUGACCAUUUACAGUUUGAUCAGGGUAGGUUGUCUGCUUGUCCUUAAUGUUAGACUCACUGAGUGUGUCUUUUCCUCUUCUUGAGCUUUACAGAUACUACACUUAUUAUAAAAUGCAAAUGUGAUUUUUUUUCAUUUGUUAACUACAUUAUAUGUCAUUUUAUCCAAAAAUUAUCAUCUGUAUUACAUAAUUUUUGGCAUCCUAUUUGCUUGAUCAUUAAAAACUGAAUAUUAUUUAGAGUUGAUGGCAGUUAGUUUUAAAGUUUUAUGCAUUUAUUUAAACAUUGAAAAAAUUACUUUAAUAUAUAUGUAUGAAAUCUUAUAUUACAUCUAAAAUUAUUCUUUAUAAUUAUACAACAUAAGUCACACAAAUUAAAAAUUACCAAUCAAUUUACCAUCAGUAUCAUCUUGAUAGCAAUGAAAAAACAGCAACAAAUUUUAAGCUGAGACAGUGCAAAAUUAAACUUUUCUAUAUUGGCUUAUAACCAUAGAAAUAAAGUGACCAAUCCGCUUUGAUUUAUUUAUUUAACAACUAGAGAAAGGAAAGCAAGUUUAAAAGUUAAAAAUUCUGGUACCACAGGUGAAGAUAGGUGGCUGUGCAUACUUCUUCUUCAGCAAGGCUACAGAAUUGAAUAUGCUGCAGAUGCCUGGACCUUUGCGCCUGAAGGGUUUUUUGAAUUCUUCAACCAGCGUUGUCGCUGGAUGCCCUCCACCAUCGCCAACAUUCUGGAUUUGCUGGGGAGCACCUCAAUGACAACAAAGAAGAACCCCAAUAUGAGCAUUUUGUACAUUUUGUUUCAGUGGCUGUUGAUGCUAAUGACAAUGCUAGGACCUGGGACCAUCCUCAUGAUGAUUGCUGGUAAAUAUAAUUACAUCAGCCAUCCCAAAACUGUGGUCAUUGACUUUGGCCCUCCUAAAGUUUUCACAUUCAUACUUCAAUAAGACAUUCUUGAAUUCUGAAUAUAUUUUUAAUGGUUUUUUCUAACUUAAUCUAUACAGUGUGAUACUGCUUAAGGAAUGUAUGUCAUUUUAUCGCAACAUAAUUUUAAGGAAAGAAAAUUCAUAUAAAAAUAAUGUUAAAAAAUUUAUCUUGACUUUGAAAUCUAAAACUUCCUCACCCAAAAAAUCUCAGAUUAUUUUUAUUUUUAUAAAAUUUUAUAAAAAUUAUCUCCCAGGUGCAGUGAAGCUAGUAUUCAAGAUGACAUUAAUAGAAAGCUAUUUGUUUGCCACCAUACCUGCCAUGGCAUUUACAGUCUCCUGUUUCUGUGUUGAAAGAGAAAAAAAAAGGCAGAUGCUCAGGAACCGCUCUCCCAUCAUGUAGAUGAGAGGCUAAUGGAAAUCAACAUCCCUCUGAAUUGAUUUUAAGCAAACAACUUUACUACCUGAUAUUGUAAAAACAAACUUCAUUAUUUAUAUAAAGGGAUAAAAAUUUUAUAGGAUUACGGGCUCACCAUUCAAAUACACAAGAAAGACAAUGUUGUUUCACAACACUAAUUUGUUUUUUUUCAUAUGUCUUCCAGUUUGUUUCGUGCCGCAGCCCUAAUGGACACAAAUGUUAUGAAAAAAUACACAACUGAACCAACUGAGCCAAGUCACCAUUUACAGUUUGAUCAGGGUAGGUUGUCUGCUUGUCCUUAAUGUUAGACUCACUGAGUGUGUCUUUUCUUCUUAUUGAGCUUUACAGAUACUACACUUAUUAUAAAAUGCAAAUGUUUUUUUUUUUCAUUUGUUAACUACAUUAUAUGUCAUUUUAUCCAAAAAAUUAUCAUCUGUAUUACAUAAUUUUUGGCAUCCUAUUUGCUUGAUCAUUAAAAACUGAAUAUAAUUUAGAUUUGAUGGCAGUUAGUUUUAAAGUUUUAUGCAUUUAUUUAAACAUUGAAAAAAUUACUUUAAUAUAUGUGUAUGAAAUCUUAUAUUACAUCUAAAAUUAUCCUUUAUAAUUAUACAACAUAAAUAACACAAAUUAAAAAUUACCAAUCAAUUUACCAUCAGUAUCAUCUCAAUAGCAAUGAAAAAACAGCAACAAAUUUUAAGCUGAGACAGUGCAAAAUUAAACUUUUCUAUAUUGGCUUAUAACCAUAGAAAUAAAGUGACCAAUCCGCUUUGAUUUAUUUAUUUAACAACUAGAGAAAGGAAAGCAAGUUUGAAAGUUAAAAAUUCUGGUACCACAGGUGAAGAUAGGUGGCUGUGUACACUUCUUCUUCAGCAAGGCUACAGAAUUGAAUAUGCUGCAGAUGCCUGGACCUUUUCGCCUGAAGGGUUCUUUGAAUUCUUCAACCAGCGUUGUCGCUGGAUGCCCUCCACCAUCGCUAACAUUCUGGAUUUUCUGGGGAGCGCCUCAAUGACAACAAAGAAGAACCCCAUUAUGAGCAUUUUGUACAUUUUGUUUCAGUGGCUGUUGAUGCUAAGGACAAUUCUAGGACCUGGGACCAUCCUCAUGAUGAUUGCUGGUAAAUAUAAUUACAUCAGCCAUCCCAAAACUGUGGUCAUUGACUUUGGCCCUCCUAAAGUUUUCACAUUCAUACUUCAAUAAGACAUUCUUGAAUUCUGAAUAUGUUUUUAAUGAUUUUUUCUAACUUAAUCUAUACAGUGUGAUACUGCUUAAGGAAUGUAUGUCAUUUUAUCGCAACAUAAUUUUAAGGAAAGAAAAUGCAUAUAAAAAUAAUGUUAAAAAAUUUAUCUUGACAUUGAAAUCUAAAACUUCCUCACCCAAAAAAUCUCAGAUUAUUUUUAUAAAAUUUUAUAAAAAUUAUCUCCCAGGUGCAGUGAAGUUAGUAUUCAAGAUGACAUUAAUAGAAAGCUAUUUGUUUGCCACCAUACCUGCCAUGGCAUUUACAGUCUCCUGUUUCUGGCUCACGACAAGGCUUCAACUAAUAUUUGCAGCAAUCCUCAGCAUCAUCUACACAUUUAUUAUGAUGGUAGUAUUUGUGGGUACCAUUCAGACAGCUGCAAAAGGAGAACAUAUCCCAUCCUAGUGUUAUUGUGAUUGUUCUUCUCUCUGGAAUUUUCAUUAUUGCUGGCAUCUGUCAUCCUAAGGUACCGUAUAUAUGUUCUUUUCCGACAUUAUAACUAUUUUUAAAUUUCUAGAUAUGACUAUUUAGAAUAUAUUUUGAGAAGGAUUUAAUUAAAAUUGGCCCCUGUUAAAAUAAAGUUCAUUUUUAAGGGCAUGCUAAGUUUUAUUUUUAAGGCAGUUAAUUCAAAUUCUUUGUAAUGACUUCAUUACGUUUUAAUAUAUAUUUAUUUACCAUCACAAACAGAAUGUAAUAAUUUUUUAAAAUAGGAAAUCUGGUGCCUGAUACAUGGUGUCCUCUACUUACUGACGAUCCCCUCUGGGUAUUUGCUGCUGGUCAUUUUUUCAAUCUGCAACCUGAAUGAUGUUUCAUGGGGCACAAGAGAAGUGCCUACAAAGACCCAAAGAUUGGAAAUGGAGAGGAGAAAAAAAGAAAAAGAGGAAGAAAAGAAGAACAAGCCAAAGAAAGGUUUUCUGGCCAGGAUAUUCAACAGGGGAGAA